AUGUCGACGUUAAAUGAAUAUACUUGUCAACUAUCUACGGAGGAGAAAGCGUACAUGGCGGCUAAUUUGAACGAAACAGACGAAACCAGGCCAAUUAAAAUUGCUGAAAUAAGGCAAUGGAUAACGGAGAAUGAAGAUUUACACGCACCUACUGAUGAUUUUUUUAUUUUACGUUUCUUGAGGGCAUGCAAAUUUAAUAUCGAGAAGACAAAAUCUAAAUUAUGGAAUUAUUAUAAGCAGAGGGCGAAUCUUCCAGAAUGGUACAGCAACAGGGAUCCAUUUCUACCAGAGUUGCAAGAACUCUUUGAUUUGGGGGUGUUUUUGCCUUUAAGAAAAUUAGAUAACGAGGGCAGAAUGGUUGUGAUAAUACGUGCUGCAGCACAUUCUCCUAAUAGACACAAAAUGUCAGACAUGUUAAAGGCAUCGUUGAUGAUUUUGGAUCUAGCGUUACGAAACCACGAAUCCGUAACGAUUCACGGUAUAACGGCUAUCUUGGAUAUAAGUGGAAUUACAUAUGAGCAUGUAUUUCAAUUACCACCGAAUGUUAUUAAAAAUCUAGUUCACGCAUGGCAGGGCUGUUAUCCUGUUAGAAUUUACUCGUUGGAUUUUAUCAAUACUCACAAAUUCAUAAAUACAGUCUUAAACGUUUUCAGAAGCUUUAUGACUACAAAGUUGAAACAAAGAGUACAUGUUCAUGCACGUGAUAAAUUAAAGUUAUACGAAACUUUGCCAGUGAAUAUGUUGCCAAAGGAAUAUGGCGGUAUGAAUGGAACAGUGAAGGAAUUAAGUGAGUAUUGGAAGCGUAUGGUUAUAGAGAACGGAGAAUGGUUCGCCGAGCAAGAAAAAUACAAAUUGACAUUGAUUAAGUAACUAGAUUGAGACUAAUUUGCAAUAACGAGGGAUUGCACAUGCAAUUGUUCAGAUGGUUAAUAAAGAACUACGUGAUAGACA